AUGGCACCUCGAAAAUCAAGCGCCAGGAAGCGAAAAUUCCAAAGCGCCAGACACGAACAACCACCCCAACAAAGAGCAACAGUUAAAUUCCGCUUCGCCGACUGGAGCACCCUGGACCGACCGACCUGGGAAGUCAAACAUGAGGUGCCCGUCGAAAUCGUCACAGCCUACCCAGACGAUUCAAGCGAGUAUCUGGGUCAUAUUAUCCGACAGUACCGACCAGCAGUAUUCGCCAAAGCAAAACCGGAAUGCAUCCACUGCCACCGACCUUUCACGACGCUUCACAUGUCACCGGCAUCUUUCCUAGGCCACGAAGACUGUUUUGUGUACACGAUGGUGCAUCCCAUGUGCGAGAAAACGGAAUGCCAUGUGGCUGUCGACCACGUCAUGGAGACUAUCAAGGCAGAGGCGGAUUUGCAUAUUUAUGGGCAGAUGUCUGCUCGGCCAGAGGUCAAGGUCUGGUAA